CGUACUACUAUUGCACGUCAACCAGGCAGGCACACAGGUAGCUUUAGUUAGGCUCUCCUUCCGGUUCAUCCAGAUCAAGGAGGAGGAGAGCGCGGCGGCGAUCGAUGGCGGCGGCCACAGUAAGCAACAAGAGGGUGAUCCUAAAACGAUACGUGACUGGGCUUCUCUCGGAGGAUGAUAUGGAGGUGGUGACGGUGGAGGCGCCGCCGCUGGAUGUGCCAACGGGGUCGAAGGGGGUGGUGGUGAAGAAUCUGUAUGUUUCGUGUGACCCUUACAUGCGCAAUCGGAUGACCCACCACGAGUUGCCCAGCUACAUCCCGGAUUUUGUCCCAGGGGAGGUUUUGGAAAAUUUUGGCGUGAUGAAGGUGAUAUCAUCUGGGCACCUGGAUUUCAAGGCAGGUGAUCUUGUUUGGGGGAUGACCGGAUGGGAAGAAUAUACCGUGAUCAACAAUCCAGAAUCGCUUUUCAAGAUCAAUCACCCUGAACUUCCUCUAUCCUACUACACUGGUAUUCUAGGAAUGCCAGGGCUUACCGCCUAUGCUGGAUUCUUUGACGUGCCCAAGCCAAAGAAAGGUGAAUAUGUCUUUAUCUCAGGAGCAUCUGGUGCUGUAGGUCAGGUUGUUGGGCAGCUUGCUAAGAUCACAGGUUGCUACGUGAUCGGCAGUGCUGGUUAUGACGAAAAGGUCAACUUAUUGAAGAGUAAGUUUGGCUUUGAUGAUGCUUUCAACUACAAGAAGGAACAAGAUCUUGAGGCAGCCCUAAGGAGAUAUUUUCCAGAGGGUAUUGAUAUCUACUAUGAGAAUGUGGGCGGCAAAAUGCUAGACGCAGUACUACCUAAUAUGAGUCUGGGUGGUCGGAUUGUGGCAUGUGGGAUGAUCUCGCAGUACAACCUGGAGCAGCCCGAGGGGGUGCGAAACCUGUACUACAUCGUUACCAAGCGCCUGCGCAUGGAGGGCUUCCAUGUGUUUGACUACUAUGACAGGUACUACCGGUUCGAGGAGGAGAUGGCUGGGUACCUGAAGGAAGAAAAGGUGUCAUACGUAGAAGAUGUCGUUGAGGGGCUCGACACAGCACCGGCAGCGCUCAUCAGGCUCUUCACUGGCCGUAGCGUUGGAAAACAGCUCGUCGCCGUUGCACGCGAGUGAGACAACGCUGCUUGGCAUGGGAGUUGGCAUUACGUAAUAGUACUAGUUCAGAAUUCAGAAAUUGGGGGCUUUCCAGUUUGGCCAAUACCUAGUUAGUACAUCUGCUUUUCUCAAGUCAGACAGGAGAAAACAAUGAUAUUGACGGGAGUACUUCCCCAAAAUGACUUUUUUUUAUUUAUUGCACCUGAUUUAUUGAAAGAGAUCGUGCUCGCGAUAUCUUUUUUCACUCA